AUGUAUGCUAAGUUAAUGCAGUUCCGGGGCCCCUUGGGGACCGGCAUCUCGAACUGGCCUCAUAGCAUGGCCAUGCUUCGGGGCAAUUGCCACGAGUGGUACGCCGAGGUCAACAAGAAAUAUGGUCCGAUCGCCCGUGUCGCGCCUCUAGUCCUAAUCACGUCCUGUCCGGAAGUUUGGAUACACGUAAACAACAAGCCUGGCUACAAGCGCUCCGAUUGGUACUACAACGCCACACGAAUCGAGUACCAGAGGGACAAUGUCUUCAGUCAGACGGAUAACACGAAACACGAGCAACGGAGGAAGCAGAUGGCUCCAGGGUAUUCGGGGAGGGAGAAUACCCAACUUGAGGGGUCUGUGGAUGAACGACUCCAAGAUCUCCUGAACCUUAUCCGGACCAAAUACAUCUCGUCUAACAGCCAUGUUGUGCCUAUGGACCUAGCGAAGAAGGUUCAGUAUUUCACACUGGACGUUAUUAGCAGCGUCGGCCUGGGCAAGGCGUUCGGUAUGUUGAAGAGUGACCGUGACGUGGACAACUACCUCCAAUCGAGCGAGGAGGGACUUGCUAUCGCCCAUGCUUCCCUUGCCAUGGGCCUCAGCUGGAUCACCCAGAUGCCUUUCAUCGGCAAGUUCAUUGCACCUUCGCCUAAGGAUAACAACGGCUUCGGUAAGAUGAUGACGGCAUGCUUCCGCCUUGUUGACGAGCGCGCUGCGAGCUCCACCGACGAGAAAUCCGAUAUGUUAGCCUCCUUCAUGCGCCACGGCUUAGCAGGGGACGAGCUGCGCACUGAGGCACUAGAGCAGAUCAUUGCGGGCUCCGACACUACAGCUGCCGCCAUCCGUGGUACCCUUCUGCACAUCAUGACGAAUCCCCGCGUCUACUUCAAGUUACAGCGCGAGGUGGACGAUGCCGUGCGUAGCGGUCGUGCUCCGAGCACGGGUAAAGGCCUUGUUACCGCUACCCAGGCUAGAAAGCUUCCGUACCUCCAGGCCGUAAUCCGCGAAGCUCUGCGAGUAUGGCCACCUGUUGCGAACAUAUUCUCGCGCGACGUUCCAAUAGGGGGCGACACUGUUGUCGUCGACGGAGAGAGCGUAUUCCUUCCGGGUGGUACCUGCAUCGGAUACUCUGCAUGCGCUAUGCAUAAGAGCGAGAAGAUCUACGGCAAGGACGCAGAGGCGUUCCGACCCGAGCGGUGGCUCGACUCGGACCCUGCCAAGUUGGCUGUUAUGGUUCGGACCAACGAGCUCAUAUUUGGUCACGGCAAAUUUCAGUGUUUAGGGAAGACAGUGGCCCAAAUCGAGAUCGGAAAGAUGGUGUUCGAGCUCUUACGCAACUUCGACCUGGCACUGAUCAACCCGACGCGUCCCUGGGAUGCGCGGAACUACCUUGGACUUUUCGCGAUUUCAAAUAUGUGGGUGCAAGUGACAGAGCGAACGCCUUUUUCUUAA